CUUGUUUGAACAGCAUUAAUUCCAGAUCGCCAAAAUGUCUGCGCUUUUCAACUUCAAGUCCCUGCUGCUCGUCAUCCUGCUCUUAAUCUGUACGAGCACAUAUGUCCACCACUUUACGCCCGGCAUCAUGGACCGAAACAAGAACGGUGUCAUGGGUAUCUUCUGGAAGUGUGCAAGGAUAGGAGAACGACUAAGUCCGUAUAUAAGUAUCUGCUGUGUUGUCAUGGCCGUGUCCAUCCUGCUCAGCUAAACCUCCUCUCUACAUGCUACAAUAAGAAGAGAAAAAGAAACCUCGAAUCGUUACUUGGAAACAUGCAUAUUAGACUGUUCAACCCUGGAAGUUUCAGGCGAAUGGAUGAGCCUGUCUAGGGAGGAUUUUCAUCCCGACAUUACUCGAUAGACAUGCAAUGGCGCCACCUCAAAUGGAAGGGGAAAAAAACUAAUGAUGGAGAAGUUGUACGAUGACCCACGGACGAAGCCAAGAAGGACUCGAACAGUGCUAUGCCGGCGGCUUCUGAUAUUCCGCAUGGCGUCUAGCUGCUAGCAUAAAGAGUCAUGGCGCAUUCGCUAUAGACAUGGAUUCUGUCUAUUGCAUCACAUAGCCCUGGAGCGGAAAGCACAUGAAGGGCUCCUGGAUAAUGUGUCAAGCGCACCGAUUAAUUGCCCCCAAGAGAUAGAAAUAUCUUUGCCCAAAUAUACCAUAGUCCAAAUAUCCAUAGCACAGAACCGCUGCUCAAUUG